GAGUAACAACAAGAUCUCUCUGCUGCGAAACGGCUCCUUCUAUGGCUUGGCUGCCCUGGAAAAGCUGUACCUGAAGAACAAUCUGAUAAGUACAGUGGAGCCUGGAGCUUUCCGUGGGCUUGUGGAAUUGAAGAAACUGGAUCUGUCUGACAACAGAAUUGGCUGCCUCUCACCUGAGAUGUUUCUUGAUCUUAGCAGACUCUCAAAAUUGGAUUUAUCAGGAAACAUCUUCUCAACUCUGUCAGAUGGACUCUUCACAUACCUCCCGGAUCUUAGAGUACUGCACUUUGGCACAGAGACGUUGUUCUGUGACUGUCAACUGAAGCCGUUGCUCCGUUGGACUCACCAGAACUCAGUGAAGGUUGUUAAUGACACAGUCUGUGUUUUUCCAACCCACCUUCAUGGCCUGGAGUUCCGCAACCUACAAGAACAUCAGCUCACAUGUGAUGGUCCUUUAGAGAUGCCUCUUUUCCAGCUCAUUCCUUCCCAGAGGCAGCUUGUUUUCCAUGGUGACCAACUACCCCUCCAGUGCACUGCUUCCUAUCUUGACCAGUCAGUGGUGCUAAGAUGGCGUCACAAUGGCCGCAUCGUGACCACACAGGAGGACAUGGGCAUCUAUGUGGAAAAUACUCUACUCCAUGAUUGCUGUUUGCUCACCAGUGAGGUAAUCCUGUCUAAUAUUGAUAUGGCCCUCGCUGGCAACUGGGAAUGUCUGGUGACCAGUUCCAGAGGAAACACCUCUCGGCAAAUGGAAAUAGUUGUAGUGGAGACCUCCGCCCCCUACUGCUCUGCAGACAGAGUCUCCAACAACAAGGGGGAUUUUAGAUGGCCAAAGACAAUGGCUGGCAUCCUGGCCUUCCUGCCUUGUGCUCCUUCAACCUUUGGAUCUUUCCCCAACCGCUCUGGCAGUGCCUCCCACCCCUCCAGCCAAAGGCAGAAGAAGGCAUGGCGACGAUGUGAUCGAGCUGGGCGAUGGGCUGAAGAAGACUACACUCAGUGCCCAUAUGCCAGUGAACUGACCCGUGUGCUCCAUCAGCUCACUCAGAUACCAGUUAAUAUCAGUAACGCCCAGCCUUUGGGUCAGCAGUUGGUAGCAUUUACAAGCAAGACCUCCCACUUUACUGACGUUAUGGAUGUCAUCUUUGUCACUCACCUUGUGGAGAGAUUGACAAGGCUGCUGGACAAAAACAAAGAUCUGGGGGACUGUAUUUCCGACAUAGCCAGUAACAUGAUGCUGGUAGAGGAGCAUAUCUUGUGGAUGGCGCAGAACGAGGCCAGAGCAUGCACUCGCAUUGUCCAGUGUGUGGAGCGUAUUGCUGACCUAACGUUGACGGAAGACAAUCAGGCCAUUUCAAAGGUAUCUGCUAACAUAGCUCUUGAGGCUUUUCUUAUCAAGUCUUCAAAUUUUCUUGGUUUAUCCUGUACGGCACUUCAGCAGAGCCCGACACUGCACAGCUUCAAAACCCCAUACGGCCCCCAUACAAAGGAAAAUCGGCAAGAGCAUGAGGCCAUGCAAGAGUCAUUGCUCAGUUUUAAAUGUAACACUCUAAACAACACCAGCAACUCACCAGCCCAUCAGCUCAGCAAGAACUCCGUGGCAGUCGCCUCGAUCCAUCUACCGCUGGCUGGUCCGCCUGUCUCCUCCUCUGCGUUGCAAUCUGUUGAUAACUCCACUUGCAGGUUGCAGUUCAUUCUGUUUCGCAAUGGAAAACUCUUCCCCUGUACAGGGAAUUCGUCAAACCUCGCAGACGAUGGGAAGCGCAGGAGCGUCUCGACACCAGUUGCUUUUGCCAAAUUAGAUGGCUGCAGCCGCGGCAGCGCCUUGCACUCUGUUACCGUUGCUCUCAGGCACUUUGCGCUGGGUGUAGACCCCACCGCAGCCUACUGGGAUUUUGACCUGCUGGAUGGACACGGUGGCUGGAGGGCAGAGGGCUGCCACAUAACCGCCUCUGGGGGCAAUACGACCACUAUUCACUGCAGUCAUAACAAGAACUUUGCCGUGCUAAUGGAUUUGAAGAAGGUGUUGUCUUUCCCCCCGUACCCUGGGGAGUUUUUGCACCCGGUCGUGUAUGCCUGCACAGCGGUCAUGUUGCUCUGCCUCUUUGCCUCCAUCAUCACAUACAUAGUGCACCACAGCGCCAUCCGCAUCAGUAGAAAGGGAUGGCACAUGCUUCUCAACUUCUGUUUCCACACGGCCCUGACCUUCGCUGUGUUUGCUGGUGGCAUCAAUCGAAUCAAAUACCCCAUCAUCUGUCAAGCAGUCGGGUUUGUGCUGCACUACUCAUCUCUAUCGACAAUGCUGUGGCUCGGGGUGACAGCUAGGAACAUUUAUAAGCAGGUGACUAAGAAGUCCCAGCAGAGUCAAGAUGGGGACCCACCUCCUCCCCCUAAACAGCCCCUGUUGAGAUUUUAUUUAGUCGGUGGUGGAGUUCCUCUCAUAAUCUGUGGCGUCACAGCAGCUGUCAAUAUGGACAACUAUGGAAGUGGGGAACAAGCACCAUACUGUUGGAUGGCAUGGGAGCCCAGCCUGGGGGCCUUCUUUGGCCCUGUGGCCUUCAUUGUGUUGGUGACAUGCAUCUACUUUCUCUGCACCUUCAUUCAGCUCCGGCGACACCCUGAGAAGAAGUACGAGCUCAAGCAGCUGACAGAAGAGCAUCAGAGGCUGGCUGCAGGGGAUGUUCCAACCCACUCUCAUCAGGGAGCCGAGCCUGGGGCACUGGCAACCCCAUCUGGUGGGAGCAACUGCCCCGCUGGCUGCCCUGGCAUCCCCAUCAACCCUGCUCUGCUGGCUAAUGAGCACUCCUUCAAAGCUCAGCUACGAACUGCAGCCUUCACCCUUUUCCUGUUUCUUGCCACGUGGACUUUUGGUGCAUUGGCCGUGUCGCAGGGACACUUCCUAGACAUGAUCUUCAGCUGCCUUUAUGGUGCCUUCUCCGUCACCCUUGGCCUCUUCAUCCUCAUCCAUCACUGUGCUAAGCGUGAUGACGUCUGGCACUGCUGGUGUUCCUGCUGUCCUGGAAGACAUGCCAAUGGCUGCUCUGGUGAGGUGGGGUCUGCUCAAACACGCCCCAAGGUGAAUGUAAAUGGGAACACCCCAGGGCAUGGUCAUGGUCACAGCCACUGCCACCAUGACUCACCGUGUCAGGUUAAAGCACUGCUUAGCUGCAGCCACAGCGGAAUGGGUCACUGUAAGCAUGCCACUCUUCCAUCCUCACAAAAUCAUGUGACAUGCCUGGCACCGGUAACCCCAUGCUGUGCUGCCCUUCAUAGCCAGCAGUUGAUGGAGGAGGAGCCCACCGCCACCCAUGUGUUACUACACUCUGAACCAGGGAUCCAACUACACCCCUGCCUCAAAAGCAGCACCAGGACUAAAAGCCGCCAUUUUGGCCGCAAAGCUGCUGCGUGCGGAGCAGGGAGCGACAGGGAAUAUGCUUAUCAUAUCUCCUCCAGCGCAGAUGGGGGCAGUAUGCACAGCUCACACACUGACAGCCCCCACAGCACACGUGAGCGACACACCCAUAUCUGUCCGCAUCUUGCCCAAGAAGGCCACCACGAUGGGCAUCACACAUGCCAUGCUACUGCAGCCACUCUCCAUGAGUCUUUGGCAUGCCAUAAUCCCUGUCACAAGCAUAUCUGCUGUUCCAAGGCAGACCUUUUCCCUUCUCUGUGUCCGGCAGAAUCAGGGGACGCAGGUGUCUUUCUGUGUGGCUGCAACAAAGUAGCUGAGGAGGAGCCUGUGACAACACAUCACCAUCUGGAGAGACAUGCCCCGCGAAGACAAUCAUGCCCCCAGAACCCAACCAGUCAGAAUGGGAUUCUAAAGGGAGGCAUGAAUGAAGGACUUCUGUACACCUCAGACAGCACAGGGAAUAUACGCACUGGCCCCUGGAAGAAUGAAACUACUGUUUAGUGCAGGAUCUCAAUACAUCAAAGGCAGUACUCUGCCUCAUCCUGCCAAAAUGAAUUUCGCCUCCCCUUUCUAGAGAAGAAAAAAAAAAUGAAAUGACAUUUUAAACAUCACAAUCAGCAUAGGAUUUUUUUUUCUCCAGUAUCCACGUUUUUUAUGUGCUGUUUUCUUGUACAGAAAUCUUAUACCAUGCAAACGCCUUCAGAGGUGCAUCCAUAGACCGAAGAGAAUCACUCUCAACACUAACGGUUGUGAAAUGUGUCUCACUUUAUACCGUCAGAUUUAACUGAAGGUAUUCUCACUGCUCCAUAUUACUACAGAUCUAUCUCUCUAUAUAUAUAUAUUCAAAAAAUGAAUGGUUGUAUGUGUGAUUAUGUGUGUUAGUGCUCAAAGGCAACAAGCUGCAAGAUGUUUUUACUCUGAAUCUGAAACUACCAAUAGUCUACGUUGACAGUGAAUCUCCAGUACUUUGGCAUUCAUGUUCUAGACGACUAAACCAGCAAUUUUAGACUUCAUAUGGGUAUUUUUGCCAUCACAACUGUGAAUACCUACUAGAGAUUUUCUAAAUAAUAAACAAAGAUAACUUUGCUUGUCGGAGACGUGUGGGUGCCAGUUUAGUUGUAGAGAAAUCACAGCUGAAAAAGCGAAGUCAAAACUAUGCGUCCGCCUAUCCAGGUUUCUAUUGAUUGUGAUGUCUAUAUGAUGUCUUGACCUGAGUCUUUCCCUCUUCCUGAAAAGAAUACAUCGGCAUAACAGCAGGAACAGCAACGUCUCUGUGGGUGGUGAGCUAAUGUCAGUAAGGUAUGGACUUAGUCCAUUCGUUUAAAGUCAGAUCAUGCGGUGAGUUAUCAGUUGGAUUUUUGGGAUGUUUGCACAUGUUCACUUCUGACAAUUUCUAGACUGCUUGUAAACAACAGACAUUUACAGCAACAAACUGAAUGUGAUCAAUUUCAAAAGAAGAAACUGCUAAAGAGAGCACUUAUGGAAGUUAGCACAGGAGUAUUGUUUUACUUGCAUACCAAUUCAAGUUAAGUCAAGUUUGUUUAAAACAUAAAUAAAACAGGAGCAAAAAUAUAACCCCUUAAUAUUAAGAUUUUUCUAAUGAUCUAAAGAUCACCAAAUUGUGCAGAAUAAGUUAAUUACUAAUAUUCCAAUUAGCUGUU